CAUCCGUUCCAGGUGAACGCGCCAAUAAACAGUGUGGGGGCGACAGCGUGACGAGAUGACCUCUCCCAUGUCCUCUGCUGUUUGUCACUACAUGUCGCUCAUUAAAGCUGCUUAACGGGGGGCGGCCCGCAGCUGCAGCCAUGCCGGCAGCCUUCUGUCACCCCCCCCCCACCCGCUCACCCCUUGUUUGACACGUGAGUUCUGCCAGUGCCAGAUGAGCCUUCGCCCGUCUCCUUCUUGCAGCUCUCACCGGUAUCCCACCAGCGCAGAAGGUGAAUAAUGGUCCCACCUCUCGCAGAAGAAGCCCGAGUGCUGUGGAAUGAAUUCCCCACAGAGUGAUAGAGGAGGGAGAAUAUUCCAGCAGCAGCUCCGCCGGCAGUGUCGGCAUCCACAGCGGCGGCAUUACGCGACACACAGCGGCGGAGAGAGAGCGGCUGGCGGCUGGGUGUGUGCGUAAGCGCGAGUUCCGAUGCACUGCGCCGAGCGUGGCGUCGUCGCGUGGCAGGCUGUGCGUUCCCGUCAGGUCCCCCACCGCUCCUCUACGCAAGGCGGGGAUGAAGCAUCGGCACCAGUGAGGACCGGCCCCCGGCUGGUGGCAUCGCGCAAAAGCAGCUGGAGAGGCAGCACCGGCAGAAUGGUGGCCGAGCUGGAGACCUAACCGCUGACAGCGGCGUGACGGAUGACAGCCCACGCGUGGCUUCCCGCUCCAGGAGCCAUGUGAGAGUGUCUCGGGCAACCAGCAACUCUUGGACAUGUUUCCCAGAGCCACGUCUGGAUUUCUUCCCACGUUUGAACUUGUUUUGUUUCUCCUGGUGCUCUCUGGAUGUCCUGAAGCCGCCUACCCGGCUCGGACUAAAGGGAGAUGGAACAAGGGAGGAUCCCGUCUGCGCCAGGAGGACUCGCUGCCCCGGAUCGCCGAACACCCCUCCGACCUGAUCGUGUCCAAGGGCGAGCCGGCGACCCUAAACUGCAAAGCCGAGGGCCGGCCCACGCCCACGGUGGAGUGGUACAAGGACGGCGAGCGGGUGGAGACGGACAAGGACGACCCGCGCUCGCACCGCAUGCUGCUGCCCAGCGGCUCGCUCUUCUUCCUGCGCAUCGUGCACGGGCGGCGGAGCAAGCCGGACGAGGGCGCCUACGUGUGCGUGGCCCGCAACUACCUGGGCGAGGCCGUCAGCCGCAACGCCUCCUUGGAAGUUGCAUUGCUGCGAGACGACUUCCGGCAGAACCCCAGCGACGUGGUGGUGGCGGCGGGCGAGCCGGCCAUCCUGGAGUGCGUGCCCCCCAGAGGUCACCCCGAGCCGACCAUCUACUGGAAAAAGGACAAAGUGCGCAUUGAAGACAAGGACGACAGAGUCACGAUCCGGGGAGGGAAGCUGAUGAUCUCCAACACGAAGAAAAGCGAUGCUGGCAUGUACAUUUGCGUGGGCACCAACAUGGUGGGAGAACGGGACAGCGAGACGGCACAAGUCACCGUGUUUGAGCGACCGACCUUCCUCCGCCGGCCCAUCAACCAGGUGGUGCUGGAGGACGAGAUGGUGGAGUUCCGCUGCCAAGUGCAGGGAGACCCCCAGCCCAACGUGCGCUGGAGGAGGGACGACGUCGACGUUCCUCGUGGGAGGUACGAAAUCAAAUACGACAAGGACGACUACGUGCUGAGGGUGAAGAAGGCGUCCGUCAACGAUGAGGGCACCUUCAGCUGCGUGGCGGAGAACCGGGUGGGCAAGCUGGAGGCCUCCGCCACGCUCACCGUCCGAGACGGCCGUGUCGCUGCCCCGCAGUUCGUCAUCCGCCCGAGAGACCAGAUCGUGGCCCAAGGCCGCACUGCCACCUUUCCAUGCGAGACCAAAGGGAACCCUCAGCCUGCAGUAUUUUGGCAAAAAGAAGGAAGUCAAAAUUUGUUGUUCCCCAACCAGCCGCAGCAGCCCAACAGCCGCUUCUCUGUGUCGCCCGGCGGCGCCCUCACCAUCGCCUCGGUGCAGCGGGGCGACGCCGGCUACUACAUCUGCCAGGCACUGACUGUCGCUGGCAGCAUCCUGGCCAAGGCGCAGCUGGAGGUCACGGACGUCCUGUCGGACAGACCGCCGCCCGUCAUCCGCCAAGGCCCCUCCAACCAGACGCUGGGCGUGGACGGCGUGGCCCUGCUCAAGUGCCAGGCGUCGGGCGACCCCAUCCCCUCCGUCAGCUGGCUUAAAGAUGGCGUCAGUCUGCUGGGGAAGGACCCCCGCAUGUCCCUGCAGGAGCUUGGCAGCCUGCAGAUUACCAACAUCAAGCUCUCAGACUCGGGGAUCUACACGUGCGUGGCAACCAGCUCGAGCGGAGAGACGUCUUGGAGCGCUUUCCUUGAAGUCAAAGAAACCGGCGGUGCAACGCUCACCAAGAACCACGACGACGACGAGCUCCCAGGCCCGCCCUCCAAGCCUCAGGUCACCGACGUCACCAAGAACAGCGUGUCUCUAUCGUGGCAGGCCGGCUUGGUCGGCGCCUCUCCCGUCAGCUCCUUUGUCAUCGAGGCCUUCAGCCAGUCGGUGAGCAACAGCUGGCAAACGGUGGCGGAUCACGUGAAGACCACCCAGUUCACCAUCAAGGGUCUACGCCCCAACACCAUCUACCUGUUUAUGGUCCGGGCGGUCAACGGCCAGGGCGUGAGUGACCCGAGUCCCAUGUCGGAGCCCGUCAGAACACAAGACAUCAGUCCUCCGGCUCAGGGCGUUGACCACCGGCACGUGCAGAAAGAGCUCGGCGAAGUGAUCGUUCGCUUGCACAACCCCGUGGUGUUGAGUCCCACGGCCAUCCAGGUCACGUGGACGGUGGACCGCCAGUCCCAGUUCAUCCAAGGGUACAGAGUUCUGUACAGGCAGACUUCGGGGCUGCCCUCGCCGGGGCACUGGCAGACGCAGGACGUGAAGGUCCCAUCGGAGCGCGGAGUGGUCUUGUCAUCUCUGAAGAAGGGCAUCGUGUACGAGAUCAAGGCACGGCCUUACUUCAACGAGUUCCAAGGCAUGGACAGCGAAUCCAAGACGGCGCGGACCACCGAGGAAGCCCCCAGUGCUCCCCCUCAGCAGGUUACAGUCCUCACCGUGGGAAACCAGAACAGCACUUCUAUCAGCAUCUCCUGGGACCCCCCUCCGCCGGAUCACCAGAAUGGUAUCAUCCAAGAGUACAAGAUCUGGUGCCUCGCGAACGAGACGCGAUUCCACGUCAACAAGACUGUGGACGCCGCCAUUCGGUCGGUGGUGGUGGGCGGGCUGCAGGUGGGGAUGUCUUACCGGGUGGAAGUGGCCGCCAGCACCAGCGCGGGGGUGGGGGUCAAGAGUGAACCCCAGUCCAUUGUUAUCGGCAAGGCCUUCCAGGACGUGAUCAUCCACGGCAACCGCAACAACAGCAUCACGGAGCAGAUCACCGACGUGGUGAAGCAGCCCGCCUUCAUCGCCGGCAUCGGCGGCGCCUGCUGGGUCAUCCUCAUGGGCUUCAGCAUCUGGCUGUACUGGCGCCGGAAGAAGAGGAAGGGCCUGAGCAACUACGCAGUUCAGUCCUACACCUUCACCCCUGCAGUGACGUUCCAGAGAGUUGACGGCGGCCUGAUGAGCAAUGGGAGUCGGCCGGGCUUACUGAAUGCCAGCGACCCCGGGUACCCUUGGCUGGCCGACUCCUGGCCCGCCACCAGUUUGCCCGUCAACAGCGGUUCCGUGGGACCCAAUGACCUCACCAACUUUGGCCGAGGAGAUAUCCCGAGCGGCCUGGGCGAUAAGACGGGAACUAUGCUCUCGGACGGAGCCAUCUACAGCAGCAUCGAUUUCACCACCAAAGCCAACUACGGCAGCCCGGGCCAAGCGUCGCAGGCCACCCCGUACGCCACCACCCAGAUCCUGCACUCCGGCAGCAUCCACGAGCUGGCCGUGGAGCUGCCCGAGGCCCAGUGGAAGGCGUCGCUGCAGGCCAAGCAAGAGAUGGCCAACUUGGGCUACUCGCUGCCCGACAAGAACUCCUGCAACAACACCCUCCUUUUCAUUCCCGACUACCGACUGACCGACGGGCUGUCUAAUCGAAUUCCACACAACCAAUCGCAGGAUUUCAGCACUACCAGCUCUCACAACAGCUCAGAGCGAAGCGGCAGUCUCUCAGGUGGUAAAGGAGGAAAGAAGAAGAGGACCAAGGCGGGUUCCAAGCCCACUAAAGCCAAUGGUUCCAACUGGGCUAACGUCCCCUUGCCCCCUCCCCCUAUCCACCCUCUUCCGGGCACAGACAUGGACCACUAUCCCAAUGAGCACCACGACGGAGGAGGGUACGAGAGUGACGGCUGGGGUCCGCCGAUGCCCGUGCAGACCUACCUCCACCAGGGCAUGGAGGACGAGCUGGAGGAAGAGGAGGAGCGGGUCCCCACCCCGCCCGUCAGGGGCGUGGCCUCCUCCCCGGCCGCCGUCUCCUUCGGCCAGCAGUCCACGGCCACCCUCACCCCGUCGCCUCGGGACGAGAUGCAGCCCAUGCUCCAGGCCCAUCUGGACGAGCUGACCCGGGCCUACCAAAUGGACAUGGCCAAGCAGACAUGGCACUUGCAAGGGGGGUCCCUGCCGCCUCAGGCUCCGGCCCCUCCGGCGGGCUACAUGUCAAGCACAAUGGUGUCCGACCUGGAGACGGACCUAGCGGAGGACGACGAGGAAGAAGAUGAGGACGAGGAAGAUGAAGGCUACGGAGCCAGGCAUCCCCGCGGGAUCGAGCACACGCCGGGCUCCAGCAUGGACAACCUGGACAGCUCUUUGACAGGCUCCAUGGCGAACGGCUGGGGCUCGGCCUCGGAGGACGAGCGCAAUUUCUCCAGCCACCGCUCCAGCUUGGGGAGCUCGUCGGACGGCUCCAUCUUUACCCACUGCAGCUUUGCCCAGGCCCUGGUGGCCGCCGCGGACAAGGCGGGCUACCGGCUGGACGGCACCAGCCUCAGCAAGCGCGGUCGGUGUAAAAGAGAUAAAGGCUUGUCCCACAGGCACCGACCCAGCAGUCCGUUCUCCACAGAUGGCAGCACAGUGGGAACGCAUAGCCUUGGCCACCAGAGGGUCCAGCGGCCAGCGCGCAAACCCCGGAACCAGGGCACAGCACCCAACCGCAGAGAUGCCGGUGCAGAUGACCUACCUCCGCCACCUGAGCCGCCCCCCGGCCAGGGCCAAGCUCGAGCCACAACAGGUCGCUGCGUCAACAGCAUGGUGCCCCCUCCAGAGAGGAAGGCCACGUCCCUGGAGCGCCCGCCCAUGUCAGGACCGCUGUCCGGCGCGCUGGAUGACAGGCAGAUGGCGCGCGCCACUCUGGAACAUCAUCGCCAGGCUCAAGAGCGACUGGGCUCGGUGGAGAGAGCGGACGACGCUCGCAGAGGCCACAAAAACGAGGAGGCUUGCCUGCCGUACCACAAACCGUCCUUCCCGUCCCCGGGGGGCCAGAGCUCGUCGGGCACCGCCUCCUCCAAGGGCUCGACGGGGCCCCGCAAGACGGAUGGCCCCCGGCAGCCGCAGCAGUGGACGGCCAUGGAGCACGCCGACUUCCUUGGGACCAACGGACAAGGGCAGUACUCGGGAGAGUUAUAGUCUUCCUCUCUGCUGAUGAUCUGGCCAAUCCAACGACGGUGACGGCCGCCCCCCUCCCUCCCGUCGUCGUCAGAGGCGACGAGGCCGUCUCGUCCGUCCCGGUUUUCUCAUCUUUGUGGACUGAAGGACGGACAUCUCGGUGGCAGUAACGGCGGCGGCGUCGCUAGAGUACAUGUUCGACGUCCGAUGUAUAGACACAGGCAUAUUGUACAUCUCACUACGGUUUUGAUCUCCUGUUUUGUUUUCGUUUUUUUUUUUUGUUGUUGUUGUUGUCCCCCCCCCCCAAAAAAAAACCCGACACACUUCCUGGUGGCCGCCCUUUUUUUAACCUUUCAUUUCCUUGUAAAUAUCUUCAUUCAACUUGCUGUUGCUAUGCAAGCCUACAACGAUUCCUUUUUUUUAAUAUUUGGGUUUAUCAUUGUAUGAUAUGUGAAUGGUGUGGCUGCUGUGCCAUAAAAUUGUCAUUUUUUUAAAAAACAAUCUGUUAAUAGUUGCCAUUAAUUAUUGUAAUUGUUAUUAUUAUUCUGAUUAAUUAUUGUUUUUUGCACUGCAACUUUUUGGUGAUAAGCACAAAAAAAGACCAUAGCUCCUGCUGACAUGAAGAAGAAGAAGAUGUGAAGAGGAGUUUCUGUACUGUAAAGAGAAGAAGAAGAAGACGAAGAGAAUUAUAUACAGAGAAAUGUACAGAGAGAUGUUUUGUCUUUAAAGCUUGGCGGCAAGUCGACGCAGACAGGAAGUUCUCGAGGCUCGGAGAGGAAACUGUCACUUUAAAGCCACCGAUGUUUCAUGCUCAUUUGGGGCUAUUUUUUUUCAUCAUUUUUACUUUGCUUUUUAAUGGUUUCACCACACUGAGGUGAUGUUCGAGCACUUACGCAAAUGUGGAGCAUUUUUUUUCAUUUUUUUUUUUUAAGUUGUAUUUUUGGCUUCUUGUGUUGCUCCAGCCUUUAUGUUCCCCUGCCUCAUCCGAGCCGCUUGCACAUCGGCCACCUGCGCGCAGUGUUGACAAGUUCCUCGUUCGAUCCCGACCGAGGUGGGAACGUCAAAAACAACUAACAAUGUACACACACACAGGAAAUCCUGCUGCUUUACAAUGUUUUUUUUUCUUUUCUUUUAAUUAUUCUUUCCAGAUUACAAAUGGAAACUACAUUUUUAAUUCAUUUUUUUGAUGGCAAGAAUAAUGUGCAUUUUUCAAAUUAGGAUGAUGACUGAAAAUCAGGUCAAAGGUCCACAAAUGGAUUUUUCACAUCCAUUCUCGUAAAAUUGCAUUUACAUUUGCUUGCGAUAUGAUGACUUUAAUCUCAUUUUUAAAAAAUGAUUUUCUUGUGAUUUUUUUUUACUCAUAAUAAGGCAUUUAACAUCAUGACCUUCAUUAUAAUAGUGCAACUUUAUUCACUAAUUUAUUCUUGUUGAAUUGCUAAAUUUUAUGAGAAUUGAAAUUUCAUAGUCCAAAAACUAAUAUGGGAGAAAAUUCAGAAUAUUACAGGAAUUACGUUUAAUUAAAGUGGUAAUAUGAAAUUAACGUUUUUUUAAAAAAAGAGACAUGGAAUUGUAAUAUAUUGCAAAAAAGUCUUCAUUCGACAACAAAAGGGUAUAAUUUGCAAAUUUGUAAUAGUAAAAGAAGAAAGUUGCAAUUUUAGGAGAACGGAGUUGUAAUAUUAUGAGGAAAAAGAUGUAAUUAAUUAAUGAGUAUAGAUGUCAUUUUCAAUGCCUGUGCAAGAAGCUACACACACACAAACCAACAUCAGAUGAUGUCGUCCUUGUUUCUUUAUUUGCCUUUUACCAAAACGCUGCUGCUUUAAAACAACAUUUUCAAUGUUAAUGUUCAGGAUUUUUUUUGUGCUUCGGUGACUGUUUAUUUUUUAUUAUUGUUUUUUUUUUUUUUUUAUAUAUAUACCGCUAAAGGGUUCAAAGGUUGUUGUGAUGGUUGAUUCAUUUAAAUGGGCACAGUGGCCUGUGUUUCUGGAAAUGAGGUGCACGAGCGUAUCUCAGGUUCUUUUACAUUCUGCUGGUGUUUAUGUACAUAUAUAUGUGUGUGUAUAGAUAUAUAUAACAUGUAUAUAUACACACACACAUACAUAUGCAUAUAUGGUAUAUCCAUACGCGGUCCCCCACAUUCCGACAAAAAAAAGACCAAAUUGAAAUUUUUAAUGUCUAAUAAUCGUGUUUCCCUUUUACUUUGACACCACAGCCUCCUUUUGUAUUUAUUUAAAAACAAACGAAAAAAAUCUGAUAAAAAAUAUUGUGGAAUAUGCAUAACAAUUUGUGGCGUAUGAAAUGUUUUUGUUUUUUUUUCGUAAAGUUGAGCGCGCGAGGAGGAGCCGAAAAAUUCUUGACCUUUUUUUUCCCCCCGAUAUUGUCGGUUCUUUGUAGCCUUUCUUGUGUGUGUUGCCUUUUUCUUAAUAAAAGAAAGAAAGAAAAGCAAAGGAAAAAAAACAGGUUUAAAAAAAAAAAAGUGGUCGGGUGUAAUCUUUGUGUACGGUCCCGAUCCGCCGUCCUUUCUACAGUUGGUUGAUUUGGUCGGUCAAGCACUCGCUCUUCCUCCUCCUCCUCCUUCUCUUCCUCCUUCUGUAUUCACUUGCAUGUCCUCCUCGUCCCCCCACCCCAAAAAAAAAAAAAAAGAAUUGACGGUCGUACACAUCUCGCCAUGUUCCUGUAAGAUAGAAACGAUCCAUGUUCUUUUUGUUGCCCUUGUA